AUGGCCUGUCGAAAUGGAAGUUUAUACUACCUAAGUGGAGGGAAUAUUCAUUUCAUAACUCAAUUGUGUUCUCUUCCAGUCUCUCUAAUAUUAGUUCAUCCAAAGAUAAUCACUGCCAAUAUGGAUAACACUUUGAACUGCUUCAACUUACAAGGACAAAAGUAUUGGACAAUAUCUUUACCAGCUGACCCGCUGAGUAUGACAGGGAUACCAAUAGCUGGUCUAGCUCUUGAUUUAGUUGCUGUUUCUCUUAGCGAUGGUAGUAUACUAUUUUACAAUGGAGCAAAUUUAGUUCACACUAUUACAACCACUGAUCCUAUCUCAUCAAUGAUUUUUGGAAGAUAUGGACAAGAAGAUCAUGCUUUAAUUUCUAUUUCCUCCAGCGGUAUGCUAGAUAUCAGACUUCUUAAAAGAACUGCACAGUUUAAUAAGCAAAGUAAACUUUCUUCUCAACUGGAGUAUCGCCCAUCUGACAUAAAGCUACUAGUUCCAAAAAAAAACAAAUUAUUUCUUGGACAAACAGUGAGGGAAAUCCAAAACUGUAAAGAUAUGCAUGUUUGGUUUCAUCAUUCUUGGCUUGGAUUGAAAGUUUUAGCUUCUGAAGCAUUUAUAACAGCAAUACACAAUUUCACAGUCCUUCCAAAGGAGUCUCUCAAAAUGAUGAUAAAGGUUAGAAUAAUUAAAAUAUAAAAAUAGAAUAACAAUUUUUUUUCUAAUUUAGAUUAAAAUUUGUUCUAGGUUGUUGGAUUAGGCCCAAGAAUGAAAAUUAUGAUUACAUUAGAAAAUUUGUCCCAAAAUGUGAUUCCGCAAGGUCUUAAAAUAACCUUUAUCUUUGAUCCAAAAAUAUACAAUAUCAACGCACCAGUAAUAAAGGUUCCUGUUCUUAAUUUUGGAUUCUGUUAUUAUUUUGAGACUCUUUUGACUUGUCUCAUACCUAUUUCAUCAACACUCCAAGUGAUGGUCAUUUCUACAUCAUCAGUUCUUCUUUCAACUAUAGCCAGUAUGCCUAAUACUGCUGGAAUAAUUGAAUAAACUAAAUACUUCUUCAUCACUCUUAUUUUAGAAAGUAAUACUGAGAAUUAUUGAUAUGAAUGGGUGAGAGUACAUCAAGCCUUAUUUAUUAAAUAUGGGAAUUAUUUUUAAUGUAUUUCCUUUUAUAUCUUUAAGUCAAAAUAGAACUUUUAUCUGUUAGUAUUUGAGGAAUAUUCAGUUUUGAAUAUUCUUAGAUUGAAUAUUUUCCAAUUUAGAAACAAAUUCAUAUCAAAAGACUACUUUUCAAAAUAUAUCAGAACAAUCUUCACAUUCAACUUCAUUAUUUGUUUAUUUUAUUAAUUUAUUUUUAAUAUACCACAAAUAUACCAAAUUAUAUGGUUACAGUUGUAUUUUACCACAAAUAUUUCACAUUAUUUACAAUAUUUACAAAGUUAGGAAAACUUUAGGUAGUAAAUUUCUGUCCCUAUCAUUGUCAAAUAAUCUAAUUUUAACCCCUAACUUUGUGCCAAAAUUCAACAACUGUUAUAAAAAUACAUAAUUUAAGAUAAAUAAACAUUAUAUCUGAGUUACUAAUUUAUUUAUUAUCUUCUGUGGCUAGAUACAAAUGAUUUAUAUAU